AGCAGUUCAGCAACUUCGUGAAAAUUAUAACUGUGACGGAACGAUUCUUUUGUAAAGACAUUUUCUUUUGGUAAAUACAUAGAGUCCGAACCGGACGGAGACAACUGUGCACCUCAUUCACAAAAUUAUUGACUUUUUCCGAUGCUGAACGAUAGUUUGCAACAAGGUGGUAUUAUUCGCUAUUAACUUGGCAGUGGGGUCCGCUGAGGCACUGCGUCAGACUUUACGCUCGACACCCUGCAUGCCAAUUUCAUCCAAGGCGGUAGCUCUGUAAAUUCGCAUCCCUGAGCGCAUUGAAGCAGGCGGACCGAACGCAGACAGACUUCUCGCGGCUGUCGUGUUACGGAUGUAAUUCCCCGCAUUGUUUCUAUAUAAAGGUAUUGGGGGUUGUCCAGUCUUAACAUCAGAUAAGGAGCAGGUGGAGGCAUAUACCUGGCUGUCCGUCUCGCAGGUAAGGGGACCCAUACCUGUGACCCAAAGUUCUAGCUCUCAGACGUGCCCGGAUCAGGUCAGGAGCAUCUGCACUGGUGCCCUAAUUGGCUGCUGUGUCUUUCCCCGGGAUUCCCCAUGCCGAAGAACAGCAAGGUCACGCAGCGGGAGCACAGCAAUGAGCACGUCACGGAGUCGGUGGCUGACCUGCUGGCCCUGGAGGAGCCACUGGACUACAAGAGCAGUGUGAUGAAUGUGGGCGGGGCUGGGGGAGGCCCCGCCCAGAAGGGGAAGGAGCCCGAUGACACGCUGGACAACGGAGACGGGCGCCCCGCCUGGAACAGCAAGCUGCAGUACAUCCUGGCCCAGGUGGGCUUCUCCGUGGGUCUGGGGAACGUGUGGCGGUUCCCCUACCUGUGCCAGAAGAACGGGGGAGGUGCGUACCUGGUGCCGUACUUCAUCCUCCUCCUCCUCAUUGGGAUCCCACUCUUCUUCCUGGAGCUGGCGGUGGGGCAGAGGGUUCGCCGUGGGAGCAUCGGGGUGUGGAACUACGUCUGCCCACGGCUCGGCGGGGUCGGGGUCUCCAGCCUGAUGGUGAGCGGCUUCGUGGGUCUCUACUACAACGUCAUCAUCGGCUGGAGCAUAUUUUACUUCUUCCAGUCCUUCCAGUACCCGCUGCCCUGGAGCGAGUGUCCCAUCAAGAAGAACGGAACACAGGCCAUUGUAGAGCCUGAGUGUGAAAAGAGCUCUGCCACCACAUAUUUCUGGUACCGCGAGACGCUCAACAUCACCAGCACCAUCGCCGACAGCGGGGGGCUGAACUGGAGGAUGACCCUGUCCCUGUUGGCUGCGUGGUUCAUUGUCUGCCUGGCGGUCAUCAAGGGGAUCCAGUCAUCAGGGAAGGUGAUGUACUUCAGCUCGCUCUUCCCCUAUGUGGUGCUGCUGUGCUUCCUGGUGCGGGGCCUGCUGUUGAACGGGGCGGUGGACGGCAUCGCGCACAUGUUCACCCCCAAGCUGGAGAAGAUGCUGGAGCCACAGGUGUGGCGCGAGGCUGCCACCCAGGUGUUCUUCGCCCUGGGGCUGGGAUUCGGCGGCGUCAUCGCCUUCUCCAGCUACAACAAACGCGACAACAACUGCCACUUUGACGCUGUGCUGGUGUCCGUCAUAAACUUCAUCACCUCUGUGCUGGCCACUCUGGUGGUGUUCGCUGUGCUCGGCUUCAAGGCCAACAUCAUGAAUGAGAAGUGUGUCGUAGAGAACGCAGAGAAGAUCCUCGGCUACCUGAACUCCAAUGUGCUGAGCCAUGACCUCAUCCCUCCACACGUCAACUUCUCCCAUCUGACCUCAGCGGACUACGCCGAGAUGUAUGGGGUCAUCAAGACGGUGCGAGAGGACAGCUUCUCCCAGCUGGGUCUGGAGCCAUGCCUGCUGGAGGACGAGCUCAACAAGGCCGUGCAGGGCACCGGGCUGGCCUUCAUUGCCUUCACCGAGGCCAUGACCCACUUCCCGGCCUCACCCUUCUGGUCCGUCAUGUUCUUCUUCAUGCUCAUCAACCUGGGCCUGGGCAGCAUGAUCGGCACCAUGGAGGGCAUCACCACGCCCGUUCUGGACACCUUCAAGGUGCGCAAGGAGAUCUUCACAGUGUGCUGCUGCAUUACGGCCUUCAUCUUUGGACUCCUGUUUGUGCAGCGAUCAGGGAACUACUUCGUCACCAUGUUCGAUGACUACUCCGCUGGCUUGCCACUCACUAUUGUGGUUAUCCUUGAAAACGUCUCAGUGGCCUGGAUCUACGGCACCAAGAGGUUCAUGCAGGACCUGGAGGACAUGCUGGGCUUCCGGCCCUACCGCUUCUACUUCUACAUGUGGAAGUAUGUCUCCCCGCUCUGCCUGAUCAUACUCAUCUCUGCCACCGUCAUCGAGAUGGCCAUCAGCCCACCUGGGUACAACGCGUGGGUGCAGGACCUGGCAGCUGAGCGUUUCCAGAGCUACCCUCCCUGGGCACUGACCAUGUGCUUCGCCCUGAUAAUCGUGGCCAUGCUGCCGCUCCCCAUCGUCUUCAUUGCCCGCCAGUUCAACCUGCUGUCCGACGGCUCCAACAAGCUUUCCGUCUCCUACAAGAAGGGCUGCAUGAUGAAGGACAUGUCCAACCUGGAGGACCACGACGAGACGCGCUUCAUCCUCAGCAAGAACCCCAGCGAGGCCCCGUCCCCCAUGCCCAAUCACCGCUCCUACCUGGGGCCAGGUAGCACCUCCCCUUCUGAGAUGACCAACCCCGCCCCAAACAGCCGCUACGGGACUGGCUACCUGAUGGCCACCACACCUGAGUCCGAGCUAUGAUCCAUUGUGUACCCUCCACCCACCACAUGUAAUACAUAAUCAAUCAUGUGCAGCUCUACUGCGCUGCCAUGAUUGAUUAUAUAUGUGUAAUCAAUCUUUAUCAAUGUUGAGAUCUAGGUCUAUAUGUCUGUAUCUAUAUGGAUCUAUAUCUGCAUACAUAUUUAAUCAAGGGCAGUGCAGUAGAGCCCGUAACCAACCAGCUGAGGGUUUCCUUUCAGCCAGAGAACGCCGUCCCCUUUCAGGGAGAGAACGUGGUCCACUUUCAGCAUGAGAACAAGGUCCCCUUUCAGGGAGAGAACGCGGUCCACUUUCAGCAUGAGAACGCGGUCCACUUUCAGCAUGAGAACGCGGUCCCCUUUCAGGGAGAGAACGCGUUCCCCUCUCAGCGAUAGAACGAGGUCCUCUUCAGCAAGAGAACGUGGUGCCCUUUCAGUGAGGCUGCAGGUGAUUGGCUGGGAGCUGGAAGGUCAGGGCCAGUGACAGGGCUGAGGGUAACUCUCUGUAUAGGGUGGAAAUGUUGGCCGCUGAUCAUGUUGGCAGCAGCAGAUGUCUCAGUGCCUAGUUCCAGCACAGCACCAGGGUAACGCUAGCUAAGGGGUCUGAAAUGCUGCAGCACGUAAUUCUUCUCCACAGAGUACAUCUUAAGGAGGGCUGUAGGGGAGAUCUGGGGAAGGGAAGAAGAGAACAACAGAUGUCUUCAUCCUGUUUUCUGUCUGCGAGCAAAGCUGUAAUGUGUUGGACUGUACAAUGAAAGUUCUUUAUUUACUGUAUAUGUGGAAUUCUGUCGUAUGGCACAGGCAUUUUCCCUUUAUCGUUUGUAAAAAUCAUUUCCCAGAUUGUUGAAUAUGAUGUAAUAUAAUAGUUUAUUGCUCCCAAAGGGGGUGUUUCCUUGAACAAUAAAAGUGCACAAUGUACGGUACAGUACAUGCAAUACUAUAAGAAGAGCAGUAAUAAUUGACAUUAUUGACGCGUUCGUCCUUGCUGUAUUCGUGGCUGUGUAUAUCUGUAGAUGUGGUGUAAUAUUAACAAAACCCCUCUGUAAUCCUUCCCUCCACUGGGACUUUCAUGCGUAUUGGAUUAUGGUAGCUUUGGCAAGAUGCAGUCAUUCACACAAAGGCGUGUACACUUUACUAACUCUCUAACACAGAGGCAGCAGCAUUUGUGUCUCAGCCAUGUUCAGUCGUUCUUUGCAGAUUCUUGCGUUCCGGUGCAGUUCGAUGUUGUGACAAUGCUGUAUCUUUACUGGACGAAUAGAAACCAUUGGUCUUGCUACGGGGGCUGUCAGAUGUCUAGGAGGUGUAGUAGUUUCACAGCUUUGUUACAUGAGAGGAAGCCAGUGGGUAACACAGAGCAUUAGCCAGAGGAAGCAGCAGGCCCAGCUUACAGAACUCUCCAGAUUGUGCCACUUACACUACGGCGUGAUGAUGAAUUUGGCUUUCAAAUGCACUGUGGUUUUGGGCAUAUACAGUAUGUGGGAUUUAAUUCAUAAAUGAGUCCAUCUACAUCAACCUGUGGGACACCAUUUUAAAAAGCGCUUAUUUUUCAUGUAUAUUUUUAAUAUGUAUACAUAUCUACAUUUAUAUUGAACUGUGUCAGCUGGAGAGAACUACAGCUAUUUCUUUCUUAUUUUCUUGAUCAAGCAAAGGGUGCCAUAAGUCCUGGCACACCUCCUCCAGGUGAAUACUAGGUGUUUUGGCAACAUUGCUUUGGAACAGCGAUUUAGAUUUGAAACAGCCUGUCACAGCCUGUCAGACGCCUGAUGAAUUGUUGGGUGCCUGAGAAAGAUGAGACAAGCAACACCUGCUGACCUACCCAUUCUCCAUACCCUCAUAAAGUAAAGCUGUGGGCUCCCAGUCACUGAGCUACUCAGACCCCCCCAGUCUGCUACACUGUUUGAUAAAGAGAUUCUACUUUGUCCAGCCAAAAGUUCUAUCGGGCAUGCACUCACAAGGCAUAACAGAGGGAUAGAGAUUUUGGCAGGAGUCUCUGGGAGUAAUGGGGAGUGAAAGGGUGGAGGUUUGAGCAGCAGUCUCUGGGAGUGAUGAGCGGUGAAACAGUGAGCUUUAGAUGUGCAGGCGUCUCUGCACGCUCCUGAGACACUUAACACCGCCAGUGUUAAAAAUAGACGGGUCGUUACCGUGGGAGGCGAGGUGAUGCGUUAACGAGCCCUCCCUGGAUGCGGCCGCGUGUGGCACGCUGUUGCUCCCCGUGAAGCUCCUGUACGCACAGUAUACUGCCGCAUCGACAUCGCCAGAACGUUUACAUAUCAAAGUACGCGUCUCUCGCCUGGUGCGAAAACAUCUAAGGGCCCUGACAGGGCGUCCAUGCCACUGUAAUGUGGAGGCUUUAAUAUGAAAACAAAAUAAAAUCCAUUCCUGUUCUUUAAAUGAUUGGAGAAAGGAAUCUGGGGGAUGCGAAACAUUUUUCAAUAAGCACCGUAAUGGUGCUGUGUGAUAAAACAGCAAAUUGAUUUACAUAUUAUGCAUAAAAACAGGCAGCUUUUUCAGGAAACUGUCCUUAUGUGUAUUUUUUUUCAAGCACAAACACAAAUCUUAGAAGAUCACUUGCCCAGUGGUGCUUUGAAAUAAAAGGAAAUAUCUGUAUUAUAUAUUUUUAAAAAGCUAAAAUAUACACCUUGCAGUGGCACAUUCUGACCACUAAGUGUCACUGUUUACAACAGAAAACAUUCCGUGCUGAAACAGAGGGGCAUGGUGGAUAUGCUGCUGCUGACGGCCUCCUCAUGAAGGUGAAACGGAGCACAUUUUUGUAAAGCACAGUUUGGUGCCUAAAGCUCAAGUCAUCUCAAUUAAUCUAAGUCCAACGUUCUACUAGUCUGUGUAGAAGCUUUGUAUUGUGUUGCUAGUGAUUAUUGUUAACUAGUGAUUAGGUGCAACCUAAUUAGGCUGUGCACUUUAUCAUAGACAGAGGCUCUGGAGAUGAGCCACAAACCACAACACAGAUUCCCUGCUAAAUCUGGUGCCAACCGUCAGCACCAUCUAUGUCACACAGGUCCUGCUCCCAGCACUGCCUCCGGCUAGAGGAGUAAUCAGUUUGACACUUUCCCAUGAUGCAGUGCAGAGAUCACUGCAGAGAGAACAAAACCAAGCACAUGAUCAGACAACAGCACAAAGAAAACUGAAAAAAAAAAGUCCAUAGGUCUCAGACAGUGGUUGGUUAGUUAGCAUAAUUGAUGGCACGUUCAUGGCUCUUUGAACCGAGACAAAAAGAGAGGACCAAAUAUUCUGUAAGCACAAAAAAUGCAUGUGUCUAACUUACACCUUCCCAACCAAGUCUUGUGUUUGUCAGAGUUUUGUGUUUAUUCCCAGAUCUGAAAUCUUGCAACCCGGACCAAAAACACAGAUGCAAUCAGAUGUCCCAUGUCUUUCACAUUCCGUGGAUUUGCCCAUGGAAAAUGGGCAAUGUAGAGCACAGCUGUGUGAAAUGCUGUGAGCUCAGUCUGAGGCCGGUUAGGCCUUCCAGUGGGCCUGCAUGGAAUAAUACAUGAUGCUCAUAAGAGAUGGAGUGUGAUGGAGUCUCACCCAAAGUGGUCAAUGAGAGGAGAACAAUGCAGGUGAUGCAUCAGUCAGUCAGAGAAUUUUGCUCACAUUCCUACCAGCACAGGACCAGCCUUGCAUUGACCAGCAGGGGCCUGGUCUUAGUCCAAAGCAUUUCAGACAAUCAGAAGGGACCAGGGCCUGUGUGACAGGACGUGUGUGACAUUUUCCUCUCGUCUGCCAUGUGGGCUGAUCAGGGGGCCAUUUGAAAGGCAGCAUUUCUGUGUCUGUCUGGGACUCCCUGAAACAAUCACACCUCCAGGGCCUCUCCUUCCUUUGGGUUUGUCCUGUUCAAAUAAAUUAAUUCCA